AUGACGCGGGCCAGCAAAGCAUCAGAGCGAUUGAUUUGCUGCCGCGGGUGCGGGAUCCCGCUUCAGACGCAUGACCCAGACAACGUUGGUUAUGUGCGCUUCUCGAACUAUCUGCAGAAGUGGUCGCAGCGCCUACACCGGAAGCUGCUUUGCUCCCGCUGCCUGGAACUGGAGCAAGGUCAACUGGUCCCGGUGGUGAAGGAGGUGAUGGCCGAAGGCCAAGUUGGCUUUGGAGGGAAGGUAGUACCGGCAGACGUUCUGGCCCAGCAGUUGCGGACCAUCUCGAAGCGGCGCUGUUUGGUUGUGUACAUCGUGGAUGUGCUUGACUUCAACGGCUCGUUUAUACGCAAAAUCCGCCAGAUUGUCGGGAAGAAUCCGGUGAUCUUGGUCGGAACCAAGAUUGAUCUCCUGCCACCCAAGACGAAGCUGGAACUGGUAGAGAAGUGGCUGCUGUACAUACUGCGCAGGAAGAAGCUGCGAGUUGUGAAUGUAAAGCUUGUCAGCAACGAGACGGGGAAGCAUAUUAAUCAUGCAGUGAAUGCCAUCAUUGAAGCACGAUCGGGCAUGGACGUGUUUGUCGUGGGUGCGGCCAAUGCUGGCAAGUCUCGGUUCAUCACGCGUCUACUGGACCGCCUGGAGGUGAAAUUUCCGCAAGGCAAAGUGGAAGACUGUCCUCGGCCCAUUGUGUCGCGGACGCCGGGGACGACUUUGGGCACCAUCCAGCUCAGGGCAUUCCGCAGAUCUGCAACCUCGCCAGUCUUCGCCAGCCUCUAUGAUACACCAGGCGUGCAUCAGCCCAACAGCAUGCAGAAUCUGCUGGACAUUGGCGCUUACAACUAUGUGCAGCCCACGAGGAAGUUUGGCGUGCACACCGUUUGUCCGGGCAAAGACGUCCUCCAGGAGCUGAAGGCCAGUGGUGAGGAGGUGACACCGGAGACCUUGAAGCAGUGGCUGGACCGGCCGGUGCGGUAUGUUUGGGGCUUCCCCGGCCAGCCGCCAGUUGCAGCCAUCGAGGUCUACCCUCCUGUCAGCGCCCAACUUCAACUGUCGUUCGUGGGCGUGCACAACCUUGUCGUCGGCUGCAUUGCCAAUGUACCCAAGGGUGGUGAGGACGGCCGCGGCUAUCCCGAUCCGCCAGAUGGUUUGCACUUGGCGCAGCUCUGCUAUGUCAAAACCCCGGAUGCACUGUCGCUGGAUGGCCACGUCACGUCGGACAUCUCGCUCACAGGCUUUGGCUGGGUAGCGGUCUCCUUUUCCGCGAUGAACAGCCAGGCAGCUGGCCGGCCAAUGCAGCGCUCAAAAGUCACCAUCCGCGUCUUUGGUCCAAAGCGCUUGAAGGUGGUUCAGAACGAGUUCCCGAUGCCCGUGGCGGGUCUUCCGGGUAUCGUCCCUGCCCCUCCGGAGGUCGGCCUGGAGGAUGAGGAUGCGGAGGAAGCGAUUGCAGCAGAGGAAGCGGACUCCAUCGAUCCGGAGACGCCAGCGGUGGUCGAGGUUCCCAGCCAGCCCUGGGCCGAAGACCUCGGACGCUCUGUAGGUGGUUUUACGCGAAGUGCUCCUGGUGGUGGUACCACGGGGGCGGACAAGGAUGACGAGGCGGCUGCUGAGGCUGUAAAGCCGAAGUUGCCUGAGGCCGCUCGGGAUUCCACGCUGCGACGCAGACCAAAGCUCGUUGACAGCACCAACGAACUGGAUAGGCUUGGCCUGGAGGACCUUCCACCCGAGGAGGCUGCAGAGCUUCGCUCGAGCACUGCACGAUCCCAGUUCGAGGUGCCCGUGCAUGAUCUCGAUGACGGCUUCCUGCCACUGGAUGACUUUGACGAGGAAGCUGCUUAUGAUGGGCCCAUGCCCGAGUUCGCCGCUACGCUCCCGGCGGAGCCAUUCGUAGGUGACCCUUUCGGCGAUGACUGGGCCAAUGGACCCGAUAUGUCGCGUUUCCCAGCCGUGGAUACCGCGACUGCACCGAGGGCGGAGGAAGCGUCUGGCGUACCACACCAGAGGGGCAAGAAGCAUCGAUGGUUUGGAAUGACGAAGGCAGAGAUCAAGGAGGCCAAAGCACGCGAAAAGUCCCAGCGACGGCUCGCGAAAAGAGGCAAGACUGCUUCAAGCAGCACGGGGACCAACGAACCUGCUGCGAGCUCUCGGCCGAAGACCAAGUUUGCCAAAGGCAAGAGCGCCGGCGGAAAGGGGAAAUCUACACCCAAGGAGGCGCCAGCACCUGCGCGCGCCGGCAGCAUCAGCCUACGCCGCGUCGUUCGCCGCUAG